AGAGAGAGAGAGAUUUCGGAAAUGCAGAAGAGGCAGCGAUUUUGCUGGCCGAUCGGAAAAUCAUCAUCGCCGGAGAUUUGAUGGGAUCGAUGCGCUUGGUAUUAGAGCUGUUGUACGCAUUUCAUGGAGGCAAUGUUACGGUGUACUCCAUGUCUGGCUGUCAGAUUCGGCUGUAAGCUUCGACUCGCUGUCGUUGUCCUCGAGAUUGUAUUGCUAUUUGUAUGGUUGGAAGCUACUAAUGCGCAUUCUCAAGAGAUCAUACUGGGAGGGCAAGGCUCAGAGAGGUCAUCUGAGAACAUUGUUUCUCACUCCUGCAUCCAUGACCAGAUACUCAAACAACGAAGGCGACCUGGUCGCAAGGUGUACACUGUUACUCCACAGGUGUAUGAGGGUUCUGGUAGCUCAAAAGCCCUUCACCAAAAAGGCAGGGCAUUGCUUGGAAUUUCAAAGCAGUCUGUAAAGCAGAAGGAUGCAAAACUGCCCAUUAGAAUAUAUCUAAAUUAUGAUGCUGUUGGUCACUCUCCUGAUAGAGACUGUCGGAAUGUGGGUGACAUUGUGAAGCUAGGUGAGCCUCCUAUCAGUUAUCUUUCUGGCUCUCCUUCGUGUAAUCCUCAUGGAGAUCCUCCAAUUUCUGGUGACUGCUGGUAUAACUGCACUUUGGACGAUAUAGCUGGGAAGGACAAAAGACAACGCCUUCGGAAGGCUUUAGGUCAGACAGCAGACUGGUUCAGGAGAGCCUUAGCUGUUGAACCUGUGAGAGGGAACUUGCGAUUGAGCGGAUAUUCAGCAUGUGGUCAAGAUGGGGGAGUACAGCUGCCCCGUGAAUAUGUUGAAGAGGGUGUUGCUGAAGCAGACCUUGUUCUUUUGGUCACAACAAGACCUACCACUGGUAAUACCCUUGCAUGGGCAGUGGCUUGUGAACGUGAUCAAUGGGGUCGUGCAAUUGCAGGACAUGUAAAUGUUGCUCCUCGCCAUUUGACAGCUGAAGCAGAAACUUUACUUUCUGCCACUCUAAUUCACGAGGUUAUGCAUGUUCUUGGUUUUGAUCCACAUGCCUUUGCUCAUUUUAGGGAUGAGAGGAAGAGACGGCGUAGUCAAGUUACAGAACAAGUCAUGGAUGAAAAGCUUGGGCGGAUGGUAACCCGUGUGGUGCUCCCACGGGUUGUCAUGCAUUCACGAUAUCAUUAUGCGGCAUUCUCUGAGAAUUUUACUGGUUUAGAGCUAGAAGAUGGGGGAGGGCGUGGCACAUCAGGGUCACACUGGGAAAAAAGGCUUCUAAUGAAUGAAAUUAUGACGGGAUCAGUGGAUACAAGAUCCGUGGUUUCAAAAAUGACACUGGCCCUAUUAGAAGAUAGUGGAUGGUACCAUGCUAAUUAUAGUAUGGCAGACAAUCUUGAUUGGGGUCGCAACCAAGGAACUGAAUUUGUUACUUCCCCUUGCAACGUCUGGAAGGGAGCAUAUCAUUGCAACACAACACAAUUGUCAGGAUGCACGUACAAUAGAGAAGCAGAGGGUUACUGUCCAAUUGUAAGUUACAGUGGGGACCUACCCCAGUGGGCACGUUAUUUUCCACAGGCUAACAAAGGUGGACAGUCUUCGCUGGCUGAUUAUUGCACCUAUUUCGUAGCUUACUCUGAUGGAUCAUGUACAGACACUAACAGUGCACGACCACCUGACAGAAUGUUAGGUGAAGUUCGAGGGAGCAACUCUAGGUGUAUGGCCUCAUCAUUAGUCCGUACUGGUUUUGUGAGGGGUUCUAUGACCCAAGGAAAUGGAUGUUAUCAGCACAGAUGUGUUAACAACUCGUUAGAGGUUGCUGUGGAUGGGAUGUGGAAAGUAUGUCCUGAAGCUGGUGGACAAAUUCAGUUCCCAGGAUUUAAUGGUGAAUUGAUAUGCCCGGCGUACCAUGAACUCUGUGGUACCGGGAUAGUUCCCGCGGCAGGCCAGUGUCCAAAUUCAUGUAAUUUGAAUGGCGACUGUGUUGAAGGAAGAUGCCACUGUUUUUUAGGGUUCCAUGGUUCUGAUUGUAGCAAACGCUCCUGUCCCAGCAACUGUAGUGGACAUGGCAACUGCCUAUCGAACGGGAUAUGUGAAUGUAGAAAUGGGUACACUGGCAUUGAUUGCUCCACUGCUGUUUGUGAUGAGCAAUGCAGCCUUCAUGGAGGUGUCUGUGAUGAUGGGGUGUGUGAAUUCCGCUGCUCUGACUACGCAGGCUACUCAUGCCAGAACAGCACAAUGCUUCAUUCUAGUCUUAAAGUUUGCAAAGAUGUGCUAGAGAAUGUCAAGUCUGGUGCUGGUCAGCACUGUGCCCCCAGUGAACCAAGUAUAUUGCAGCAGCUAGAGGAUGUGGUGGUGAUGCCCAACUACCAUCGUUUGUUCCCUGGUGGUGCUAGGAAACUCUUUAGCAUCUUUGGCACCAGCUAUUGUGAUACAACUGCAAAGCAGUUAGCUUGCUGGAUCUCAAUUCAAAAGUGUGACAAAGAUGGGGACAACAGGCUGCGGGUAUGCUAUUCAGCUUGUCAAUCAUAUAAUUCAGCAUGCGGAGCUUCACUUGAUUGCUCCGACCAAACCCUGUUCAGCAGCAAGGAUGAAGUAGAGGGUCAAUGCACAGGGUCUAGCGAGAUGAAAACAUCAUGGGCUAGCAGCGUACUUAGUUGGUUCUCAAGUAACGAUUCCUCCAGAGGAAUGUCUGUAAAAAAUAGGCAGCUCUAGUUUUUUCGUUUCAUCUUUUUCCAAUUUUUUGUUUGUAAUUUUUUAGGUUUCCAUUUUAGGGAAGGAUGGCCAAGAAAAGCCAGCCCUAGAUGUAGGUUCCCUCUGUUACCCAACAAUCUUUAAAAAAAAAAGUUGGGUAGGAAGGUGAGUUGUGGCUUUCAAAGAUGAAAGGCACUUGUAGAGAGUAUUGGAAAUGUUAGGAAUGCAAGGAAAGAGGAAAGAAAAUGUGAGAUGUCUGCACAGUUGUUUGGCCGAAGGCCUUGAAAUAGAAAGAAAAUACCUUGCAUUUC